GCUUUUUAAGAGAUAAGUGCUUUCUUUCUGGUAGAAAUGGAUAAAUUGUUGGACCCGGUGUGUGAUACCAAUCCUUUGGUCUACUUGGAUAUCACUAUUGGAAAUGAAUUUGCUGGACGAAUGGUAAUAGAGCUGCGCAAAGAUGUUGUGCCCAAGUCUGCGGAAAACUUUCGUGCGCUCUGCACCGGUGAAAUGGGCAAUGGAAGAAUGGGCAAACAAUUGCAUUACAAGGGCGUGCGUUUUCAUAAGGUAACACGUUUGUAUGUCGCACAGAGUGGCGAUGUAGUCAAUAAUGAUGGCACCGGCGGUGAGAGCAUAUAUGGCCCGAUUUUCGAGGAUGAAAAUUUCGCUUUAAAUCACGAUGAAGGCGCUAUUAGCAUGGCUAACUAUGGUGAGCCAAACUCCAACAAUUCCCAAUUCUUUGUUGUCUCUGUGUCGAGCAAUAACCUUGACGGCACCAAUGUGGUCGUCGGCAAAGUUUUACGUGGUCUAUCCAUUGUGUCCGACAUGGAGCUCGUUACGUCGGAUGAUGGUAAACCGCAGGAGGAUAUAAUAAUUACGGAUUGUGGCGAAAUACAUCCAGGGGAGGAUUGGGGUUUUCGGGACAACGACGAGACUGAAGAUAAAUUGCCGCCUUAUCCACGUGACUGGGAUAAAAAGUUUGAGUCAUACACUAUUGAAGAUAUGGUAAAAUUGCUAACGAGCAUACGCACUGCUGGCAAUCACUUUUUCACGCAACAAAAAUUCCCCGAGGCGCGUCGUAAGUAUCGCAAGGGCAAUCGUUACUACAAUCUCUUACGUUUACGCUUCGAUAAAAAGGAGCACAAACCUACGCCACGUGUUGAGGAAGAUAUAAAAAAGUUAGACGCAUUCUCGGUACUUAAUAACACAAAUUUGGCGGCGGUGGAGUUGAAGUUGCAAAAAUAUUUCGAGGCCAGACAUUCAAGCUCAGAGGCGAUUCUUUUAAAUGAGGACCACGCCAAAGCCUACUAUCGCCGUGGUCAGGCGAAUAUCGGUUUGAAAGAGUACGAAUGUGCGAUUGCCGAUUUAAAUCAUGCCAAUGAAAUAACGCCCGGUGAUAAGUGCAUAUUAAGUGAAUUGGCACGCGCCAAGCGUUUACUCUCCAACUACAAUCAAUCACAAAAGAAGGCGAUGAAAAAUCUAUUCAAAUAACCAUUGUGGACCUCACUAACAAAACGUGUUAGAUGCUAUUUUAAUAAGCUUAUUUGUUGCUUUUUUAUUGUCUACAUGCAUUCACAUAAUAUUCGUACAUAUAUAUUUUUUACUAUUUGUAAAUUGUUCUGUUGAAAAGGAGUACAUUUAUAAUAUAUAGAUUAUAGAUAGGCAUAUACAUACAAACAAACAUACAUUCACACAUAUAAUUAAUAAGUACAUAUAUUAAGUACAUACUACAAGGCUGUUUUAUAUUUGCCCUUUUAAAUCCCAUUAUACAUGUUAAACCAACAAAUUGUUUUGCAAUAAACAAAAUGAGGCUACUCAGAGACAUUAAA